AUGAAUCGUGACUACGAGUAUCACGUCGUGCAGAAUCUGAUGGCCGUGUGUAUUCUGGUAAUUUGCUCCUGGAUUCCUUCUGGUUACACGUACAAGCAGCAGCCGGCAAGAGUGGCUCUCGUGUUACGACGUUCUAGCGAUAACACACAGAGCGCCGCGGUGCGUUACAACCUCCUCCCGUCUCUAUCUAAAAGCAUUGACGUUUGGUUCAUGCGUGCAACAUUAUUCAUAUUCCUGUCACUGCUGGAGUUUGCGCUGGUAAACUACCUCACCAGAAGCAAAGUACGUCGACAUUGUCGCUCGCGGCUGUUCCCCGUCGCCUUCUGCUUCUUCCUCAUCAUAUUCUGGUCGAUUUACAGUGCAUCUAGUAUGAAUCUUUCUCAUAUGCGCAUACCACACUGGGUGCGAGAUGAGAGCAGUUCACAGAACCCAGCCACAGACCUGGGUUGA